UGAUGACGGGCUAUGGGGAUGUAUUAGAGUCCACUAACAGAAAUCAGUCUCAGCAAUCUUCCCAAAUAAGUCAUCAUCAAACCAGCGAUUAUAAUCUUCCAACAUCAAACGGUGCCCAAAAAGCUCCAAAUCAUCAACAAAAGCUAACUUCUGAUUGUUUAUUGCCGAAUAAGUCAGUGCCUUAUGCGUUCAACUACAAUGUAUCAAAAACAAAUUUUACAAGUGCCUUUGAACAUACCUCACAAGUUUCGCCCCGAUAUACAACAGCAUCAAAUAGUUCUCCCAGAUUAAACGCUUACUCAUCUUUCCAGCCCAUAAGUUCAAACUUUGCCUUGCCAAAAUUUAACCAAGUUUCGAGUCAGUUGGGAGAAGCGUCGACUAGCAACGGGCGAAAUGGAAGAAUUACGCCUGUAGAAACUUUACUUGAUUCGCCAAGAUCAACUGUUUCUAAAACAUCGUUACCUGAAAGUAACAGCGAACUAGUUUUAGGAGCCUUAAAGACUCUUCUAGACAAGCUUAAAGACUUAGAGAUUGAGCGCGACAAAGCAAAAAAGGAGAUCGAAAAAUUGGACAAAGAACGGCAAUGGUUGGCUCUGAAUCAAACUCGGGAAAAUAUUGAGCAGGAAAACUUGAGGAAUAAUUUUCAAGAUAAACCAGUUAUGUACGAAGCAGCAGUGAAUACUAGUGACAUUGAGCUCUUAAGUCAAAGAAAGGUUGAUUUUUCAAACCAGGUAGCUCGAUCAUCAAGCGUUUCAGAGUUACGUUCUGAACAUAAUUCGGUGCAUUUAGCUCAAACAAUGAGCAAUGCGAAUUUAUAUCCAAGAACAGCGCAUGAUGAAAAUUAUGACCGAAGUAUGGUUAAUACAGGGACAACUUAUAGUUAUAACUCAAAUACGGCGCCGAUUUCUGUUGGUCGCGCUGUAAACAUGCCAUUUGAAUCUUCAAGAGGACUAUUUCAAAGGUCGGCUAGCAAUUACCCUAUUUUAACAGGAACCUCGGGAACAAGAUCUGGCUCUUUAUCUAGUCACCAUCCUGAUUAUAACGAUUAUUUGACCUCGCUAACACCUGCAACUUCAGGUUAUAACGCGGAUUUGGGAACCGCGAGAACAUUUACGCGAGAGGAACUUUACGAGAGGUCUCCGGUUAGUGGUUACAUAACACGAACUGAAGUGGCUCCUAAAAAAAGUGGCGACUAUAGUUUUGAUGGUCCCCAAACUGCCAAAUCGUAUAGUUUUACAACAGGGGCGUUUCAAGGACUAGGAGGUAGUAACUUACCUCCUAGCGGCUACGUCGGAAAGUCUAUUACAGUGCCUCCUAUGGCGAACAGCGAUGAUCUAGGUUUCAACGGUUUUCCAAACGAACGGCCGAGAGAAACUUUUCAGAAUGGAAACCCGAUUGAGCGGUUUCACAACGAAAGGUCGAGAGAUAUUUUUGGCGGUGAAAGAUCAUCAAAGCAGAAUUUUGCAAACGAAAGGUCAAGAGAUCUUCAUGUGAAUGGAAAGUCGAAAGAGUUCGAUACUUACACUGAGAGGUCAAGAGACUUGAGAAAUGACGCGAGUGCAGGGAUCACCCCUCAGACAUUAGAAGUUGAAUAUGAAGAUGAAGAAAGCGGGAGCAGUUCGGGUGAAGACGAUGAUGGAAAUGGAGAUGAUGUUGACGUCGAUCACAAUGACGGAAAUAGACGAGAUAGUCAGUUGGAGAGAUCGUUUAGCGAGUUGCAGAAUAGUACGCAGGCCGUAGAGAUGCAAUUCAGACAAGCUGAAGAUAGAUGCGCCAGUUUGGAACAACAACUCACUUCAAUGCAGAGACUAGUCGACGAUCAUAAAAAGUUCACUGAAGACAUUAUGGUCAAACCAGCACAAAACUCAAACAGAAACACGAAGCUCGGACCUUCUAAAGCUAUUUCAUCGAGCUCAUUACCAGCUACCAAAGAAAAAAGUAAAGCAAAAAACCAGAAAGGUUCUGGAAGACGCAGUGCUAAAAGCUCGCGAAGCGCGAGCCCAAACGAAAGCUUAGACGAAAGGCGUUCCGAAAAGGCUUACAGAGGAAGUAAACACGAAUAUACAGACAACAGUUCAGUCAAAGGUCGUCACGUUUCUUUCCAGCAAGGCGGACCUAAAAUUGCGAGAAAAGAUUUGAUCAAACCAAGAAGUAGAAGUGCUGAUAGAAUAAUCGCUGGCAAAAAUAAUCACCAAGGCUGUGGUCAUUACCACGCGAAGUUUUCAGAAUUGCCGUUUGUUUGUGGAACUUCAACUAAUCCAAGUCAUUCAGUUAAUGUGAACUUGCAAAGGGUUUUAGCAGCACUUAAAAUGCAUUCGUCAGCUUGUCAAAGCGCAGGAGUUACUGGUAACAUUGUUAGCAAUAUGAAGCCACCUUCCGGAAAAAGAGGAAAGAAAAAGAAGAAAAAAGUAGCUAGUCAAAAUCAAAGACCAAAUAGUUCAUGUAGUAUGUCGUAUUCCGAAGAGUUUACGCCUAAAGAUAACAGUAGUCAACCUACUUUAACUACAGCUACAAGAACUAAAAAGUGUGAUUUUACAAGUGAAGAAAGUAUGAAACAGUUAGUGAGUGAUUUGUAUCACGAGUUUGAAGAAUUAGCGAUACAGUAUGAAGAAAUUAACCAAGAGCGUGAACUAACCAGAGACCAGCAGUUGGCCGUUGAAUUGUCACGUGAACAUAUGAUAAUACGAAAGAAAAUGGAAGCGAAACAAACUCAAAUGGACAAAGUUGAAAGUCACUUGAAAGCUUUGAAAGACCAACAGCCGAAGAAGAAUACAGCUUGUAGAAAGAAAACAAAAAAAGCAGUUGGGAAAGUGCCAAAAAAUCCGGAUGGAGGACCUAAAUUUGAUACGAGCUCAGAUUUGUUGAAAAAUAUGCAAAAACUUCAAAGUUCUUUGCGAAGAGAUGAUGUGAAAUGGGAUUUUUGAAACAUUUUUACAUCGAAUUUUUGCACUGAUUUGGUACCGAAAUUUGUAAAUAUGUACUUACAAUUAUAGUUGAA